CUGCUCCUUUGUCCUGGAUACACGUGACGUCAUCCCGCCUCUCACUCCUAUUGGGCUCUAAUUUCCUGAAAGCCAAUCACUGUCACAGCGGGCCCGCGUUAGACAGCCCCAUUUGGUGGGCAGGACUCAGAUGCUUCCUAGGACCCCAUUGGACGGUCAUGGCGCUCCGGACGUGCCUUCUGUUGCUCUUGGAGUUGGGGCUUCUGGUCGUGACCCGGACACGGGCGGGCUCCCACUCCCUGCGGUAUUUCAUCACCGCCGUGUCCAGGCCUGGGCGCGCGCAGCCCCACCUCAUGGUCGUCGGCUACGUGGACGACACGCAGUUCGUGCGCUUCGACAGCGACGUCCCAAACGCGAGAAUGGAGGCGCGGGCGCCGUGGAUGGAGCUCAUGGAGAAGGAGUUCUGGGACGAGCAGACGCGCUUUGCUAAGAUCCGGGAACAGACUUACCGCCAGUACCUGCGGAGCCUGCGGGAGUACUACAACCAGAGCGACUACUUGUCUCACACCUACCAGGGUAUGUAUGGCUGUGACGUGGGGUCUGAUGGACGCCUCCUCCGUGGAUACAAUCAGCGAGCCUACGAUGGUGAGGAUUACAUCGCCCUGAAUGAGGACAUGCGCUCCUGGACUGCUGCUGAUGAGUCUGCUGAGACCACCAAGAGAAAGUGGGAAGAGAACGGUUUGGCGGAAUGCUACCGGGCCUACUACGUGGAAGACAGGUUCAUGGAGUGGCUGCGUAGAUACUUGGAAAGUGGGAAAGAGAUGCUGCAGCGCACAGAUGCCCCAAAGACACACGUGACUCGCCACCCCAUCUCUGAACAAGAGGCCACACUGAGGUGCUGGGCCCGGGGCUUCUACCCUUCAGGAAUCACCCUUACCUGGCAGCGGGACCAGGAGGACCAGAUCCAGGAUGUGGAGCUUGUGGAGACCAGGCCUUCUGGGGAUGGAACCUUCCAGAAGUGGGCAGCCAUAGUGGUUCCCAUUGGAGAAGAGCAGAGAUACACAUGCCGUGUGCAGCAUGAGGGGCUGCCUGAGCCCCACAUCCUGAGAUGGGGACAGUCUACUGAGCUUACUGAGCCCCUCUUGGGGGCUACUAGCCUGGUCCUCCUUGGAGCAGUGGUCCUUACAACAGUUGUGUUUGUGGUUGUGAUCUGGAAGAGGAACAAUUCAGGGGCAAAACAAGGGAGCUAUGCCCAAGCUGCAAUCAGUGACAGUGCCAAGAGUUCCGAGGUGUCUCUCACAGGCCCUAAAGAUGAGAUCUGAAGAGGACACAAGACUGGGUGAUGGGGAUUUUCUUUGGAUUUGGACAUUUUAAGAUUACGGGGGGCUGCUAUUCAAAGUGUCAAGAACUGUAGCUCUGGACUUGAAUUUGUUCGUGGUUCUUUUCUUCUGUAGUGUAAGACACUCCUUGUGAGACACUGUGUGGUACACAAUUCGUUUAUCUGUCCUUGUGCCUUCAAGAACCUCAAAGUUUUCAUAAAGAAGACCAGGCAAGUAGUGGUAUCCCCAAGACUAUGGCUCUUAAUCACCCUUCAGAUCUAGAACUGACCCACCCCUGUCAUUUUACACACACAUAUGUGUGUGUGUGUAUGUGUGCGUGUGUGUGUGUGUGUGUGUGUUUAUAUUUUUUUAUAUAGUAUAUAUAUAUAUAUACUAUCAAAAGAGUAUCAUUCCCCAAGUCAAAGUGCAAAAGUUUAGGAAAGAAGGAAGAAUGGACACAAGGAAGUAGAACGCAUAAGGAUACAUUGAGGGAGGAAGUGGAGUGGGUAAGGAUACAUUGAGGGAGUUGCAACAAGAUGUGCACACAUUGUUGAAUGUAAAAUAGAUAAUUUGUUCUAUCAAGCAUCCCCAACUCAUAAUAAAGUUUUAAAAAAAUUUAAA